AUGAUUAGGUUUACGGUAUUUUCACUCUUUGUUCUACUCUUUCUCUUAUUCGUUUGCACUGAGUCUUCGGCCAAGACUGCUAAGUAUGAUGAGUCUGAUGACUCGGACGAAAACGACGUCGCCGCUGUACCGUCAUGUUGUGGGUUUUCGUCGCCUCUUCUGAUCAAGAAAGAUCAAUGGAAACCUGUCUUCGAGACAACGCUUGGGCUGAUCUCAACCGUUCAAAUAGGCGAUGGAUGCGGCGGGAUGGGUCCUUACAAAAUACAUUCCAUAACGCUGGAACCAAACGCGCUUUUGCUCCCUCUUCUUCUUCAUUCCGACAUGGUCUUCUUUGUCGACUCUGGAAGUGGGAUUCUGAACUGGGUCGAGGAGGAAGCGACAAGUACUGAGAUAAGACUAGGGGACGUUUACAGGCUACGUCCCGGUACAGUUUUCUACUUACAAAGCAAACCGGUUGAUGUCUUCCUUGGAACCAAACUUAGGGUUUACGCAAUCUUCUCCAACACCGAGGAAUGUUUACAUGAUCCUUGCUUUGGUGCGUAUUCAAGUAUCACAGAUCUCUUGUUUGGUUUUGAUGAGACAAUUCUCCAGUCAGCUUUUGGGGUUCCUGAGGAGAUUAUAGGGCUGAUGAGGAACCGUACACAGCCACCAUUGAUAGUGCAAGAUAGUCUGAGCACACCUGGUGAGGCAGCCAACACCAACACCAAUACAUGGCAGCUCCAGACGCGAUUACUCAAACUAUUUUCGGGAGAUGUGGAGAACAAGAAGAAGGAAAAGAAGGAGAAGAAAAAGAAGAAGAAGACAAAGAACGCAAAGACAUUCAACGUAUUCGAAUCCGAACCAGAUUUCCAAAGCCCUAACGGACGUACCAUAACUAUAAACAGGAAUGAUCUUAAAGUAUUAAAAGGCUCGAUGGUUGGAGUUUCCAUGGUUAACCUAACUCAAGGAUCAAUGAUGGGACCACACUGGAACCCAUGGGCUUGCGAGAUAUCCGUUGUCGUGAGAGGAUCAGGAAUGGUUAGAGUCCUUAGGAACUCCAUUUCAAGAUCAUCAUCUGAGUGUAAGAACAUGAGGUUUAAGGUAGAGGAAGGAGAUAUUUUCGCGGUUCCACGGUUACAUCCAAUGGCUGAAAUGUCUUUCCUUAGUGACUCGUUGGUGUUCGUUGGGUUUACUACUUCGGCUAGGAAUAAUGAGCCGCAGUUUUUGGCUGGGAGGAGCUCGCCUUUGUGGUCGCUUGAUAGGGAGGUGUUGGCUGCGUCGUUUAAUGUGAGUGAUUUUAUGAUUGAGGGAUUGUUGGGAGCUCAGAAGGAAGCGGUUGUGUUGGGAUGUCCUUAUUGUGCGGAAGGAGAGUUUGAGAAGCUUAAAGGUGAAGAAGAGAAGAAGCCGUGGCCGCCUGAGCAACCGCCACAACCGUUCCAGCCGCAGCCACCGCAAGAAGAACCACAGCAGCCACCGCAACCGUUCCAACCGCAGCCACCACAAGAAACACCACAACCAUUCCAACCGCAGCCAGGGCAAGAGGAACCACAAGAACCGCAAGCAUCAAGGGAGGCGAAGAUGAGAGAUGAGGAGAGGAAGAGAGAAGAAGAAGAGGCGAAGAGGGAAGAGGAAGAGAGAUGGGAACAAGAAGAGAAGUUGUGGCCGCCUCAGACUCAGUGGCAAGACGGAGAAGGAGGAGAAAACGCUUAG